CAACGAGGCAACGGAUCGAGUUCCUCUCCGAACUCCAACUCUGCGCCGCAAUCCACUCAAGAAGGUUAGCCCUCGUGGUCUCGGAUUUGGAUAAUCCUCCGCCGAGGUAUGAAACAGGAGGCGGCCACCAGCAUAGUGGUGACCCAGGAGGACGUCCUGCACCACUACAAGGAGCCUCCACCCCGCCGCGAGGACGAUCCGCCAGCACUGGCUGCGUCGCUGUCGUUGCCGUCGUCACUGUCGGAGGACGAUGGCGACGCCAUGCCGCAGCCAUCUUCAUACGCGGUCUUGCCGCGCCGGGAAGGCGAGCUGGUGUCUGCGGAGGAGCUGCUGCUGGUGCCGCCGCUCAACUUCGCCAUGGUGGACCACGGCGUGUACCGCUCCGGAUUCCCGGACGCCUCCAACUUGCCGUUUCUUGAGACGCUCCGACUCCGCUCCGUCCUGUGCCUGUGCCCGGAGCCAUACCCGGAGGCUAAUCUGGAGUUCCUCCGUGCCCACGGGAUCAAGCUCUUCCAGUUCGGAAUCGACGGCUCCAAGGAACCAUUUGUGAACAUACCAGAAGAUAGAAUCCGUGAAGCUCUAGAAGUCAUCCUAGAUGCAAGCAACCAUCCGGUUCUUAUUCACUGCAAGCGAGGAAAGCAUCGAACCGGCUGUGUGGUUGGAUGCUUUAGGAAAUUGCAACGCUGGUGUCUAACUUCAAUAUUUGACGAAUACCAGCGUUUUGCUGCUGCCAAAACAAGAGUUUCUGACCUACGGUUCAUGGAGCUAUUUGAUGUAUCGAGCAUAAAGCAUUUAGCAUUUGAGUCGUCUGUAUGAUAGUAACAUUGGUGCAUGAUAACAACUCAAUACUGGUUCCAUUACGGUGUCAUCUUUUUCAUUUAAGAAAAAAAAUCAUUUCUAAAAAUGCUACCUUAUUACUCCCUCCAUCCCCAAAUAUAAUUCGUUUUAGACUAAAUAUAUAUUAAUUAAUUAAUCUAUAAAUAUUAUUUGUAUUUGUAUGUAUAUAUUCAUUAUCAUUGUGGACGGAAAAAAAGUCUAUAUUUUGAGAC